UUGGGAGAAAUUGGCACAUUCGUUGCGACAGAGAAAAGAACACGAUUCUUCCAUUCGACUUCGAUGAGAACAAAAAUGGAAGAACCUGUAACAGAAAACCGAAGCUCUUAACCCGACUCAGAUCCAACCCCAGAAAAGCAAGACAAGUGUGAAUACAAAAUAAUGGACAAGAAACGAAGUAAUCCAAUGGAGUGGUUGAAUCAGAUGGUAGGAGAGCCGUAUUAUUUCUUCCAUUUCCUAUCUUUCUUCUCUUAUUUCAUCGUUCGGAGCUCUGCUUCAAAUGUCCUCUCCCCUCAAAUCACUCAACUACUCUUUUAUAGGGAAAUUCAAGCGGUUUUGGCCUUCUUUAUGCUGAUUGCAUACAAGAUGGCAAGAGAAGAAACAUGGGAGGCUUUCAUUGCAGAUACAUUGUUUUUUGGAAAGAUCUUUCUUAUUGCCCUUACUCUAAUAAUGGACUAUCACUUGACUUUGUGGUAUUUAGUGGUGUUUUCAGUGAUAUAUGUUUUAACACAGCAACCUCCUUACGAAGAGCUUGGUUCUGCAAGUAAACUGACACCAUUGCAAUUGGAAGCCUUGCUAACUGAAGGGAACACAUCAAGAUUUUGGCUGGUAGAAUUUCGUGCCUCAUUUUCAUCCAGUUGCAGACGUGCCAGUCGCUGCUUUCCCGAGCUGUCAAUCACAUACUCAAACAAAAAUCUGUCAUUCGGAAUAGUUGACCUUGGACUUUUCCCAAAUGCUGCAGAAAAAUUCGGAAUAUCUCCUGGAGGGAGCAUGGGACAGCUUCCUACAUAUAUACUAUUUGAAAACGCUAUCGAGGUUUCACGCUUUCCCGAGUUCAAUUUUGAAGCAACACCUACACCUCCUAUAACUAAGCGGCUUCUUGCUCGCCAUUUUGAGCUCGACCGGCAUCUCCUUGAAUAUGUAAAUGGGAAAUAGGUUAUUCAUCUAAGGCUAUAUACCUGGCAGUUAUUUGGAUUCUCGAUUUCCACUUCCUGGAUGUACACCAAAAGAGAAGUAGAGCAUAAACAGAGCUUCCUGGAUAACCCACAAAGCGUAGGCUAAGAUUCUUGUUAGUUCACUUUUUUGGCUUAUUGCAAUCGAUUGGUGGAUUUUUGUUUAUUUUGACAGUUAAGAGACUAUUAAGUGUAGGCAUCAAAGAAGGAUAUGAAAUUACUCUUCCUGUUUUGUGGAACAUAAUACAUAUAUAUAUAUAUAAUUUUGCUUU